AUGUGCAACGCCGUUGGGGAUGUGCCGGUAGCCAGUACUCCCUGGGAUAUCUGGGCGGUUACAGAUUCGGGGCACGUGGGACAUGUGAAUGCCAUCUUUCGUCCUCAGUCAGUCAACUCAACUAAGACUCCAUGCUUGGCUAAUGAAGUCCCGCGUGCCGUGGCCUUCACUGGUACAAGACAGCCAUGGGAAGAAAUACUGGCGCCUCCACACUAUCCUAAUAACAGCUACAAGCGUUUCCUGAUGGCUCUUGGAGUUUACAUGUACGUAUGGCUAUUAACAUGGGUUCUCAAACCGAGUCCCGCGUCCCUCUCGACCUUUUUCUUAUUCGAAGACACUGUGCCUGGUUUACUAUGUGACGCUAGAUAG